AUGUCGGGCUACCCACAAGGUUCGGGCUACCAGCAAGGCCAUUACGACGAUGGCUAUGACCAUCAGGCUCAUGGCGACGCCUACUACCAGGAUGACCAUCAUGGUCAGGACCACCAUGCGCAAGGUGGCUAUUAUGACAACCAAGACUACGGGGACGGCUACUACGAUAGAGGUGGCUACGGGGACAACAAUGCCUACCAGCACGAUGGCGGGUACUACGAUGCGGGUCAUCACGACGAGUACUAUGGUGACCAGUACUACGCCCAGGGAGGUCAAGGCAGAGGACGACCUGGCCGUGACUCCGAAGAAGAAUCGGAGACGUUCAGUGACUUCACCAUGAGAUCCGAAACAGCCCGUGCUGCCGACAUGGAUUAUUACGGACGCGGAGACGAACGGUACAACAGUUACACCGAUAGCCAGUACGGACAAGGCUACGGUGGUUACCGCCCUCCUUCCUCGCAAGUGUCUUACGGAGGUAACCGGUCUUCUGGAGCGUCAACGCCAGUGUAUGGCAUGGAUUACGGCAAUGGCCUGCCUGCAACUCAGCGAUCCCGAGAGCCAUUUCCAGCCUGGGCUUCCGAUGGUCAAGUCCCCGUUUCCAAGGAAGAAAUCGAAGACAUCUUCAUUGAUCUGGUCAACAAAUUCGGUUUCCAAAGGGACAGCAUGCGUAACAUGUACGACCAUUUGAUGACGCAGUUGGAUUCCCGUGCCUCCCGUAUGACUCCUAAUCAGGCGCUUCUGUCGCUUCACGCCGAUUACAUUGGUGGUGACAACGCCAACUACCGCCGUUGGUACUUCGCUGCCCAUCUGGAUCUCGACGAUGCUGUCGGAUUCUCGAACAUGAAGCUGGGUAAAGCAGACCGCAAGACCAGGAAAGCUCGCAAGGCUGCGCAGAAGAAGGCGAAGGAAAAUCCCGAGGAUGUCGAGGGUACUCUUGAGGCCUUGGAAGGUGACAACAGCCUGGAAGCUGCUGAAUAUAGGUGGAAGACACGAAUGAACCGCAUGUCUCAGCAUGAAAGGGUGCGCCAACUCGCGUUGUUCCUGCUCUGCUGGGGCGAGGCAAACCAGGUCCGGUUCUUGCCCGAGUGUCUUUGCUUCAUCUUCAAGUGUGCCGACGACUUCUACAACUCGCCUGAGUGCCAGAACCGAGUCGAACCUGUUGAGGAGUUCACAUAUCUCAAUGAAAUCAUCACUCCUCUAUACCAGUAUUGCCGCGAUCAGGGUUAUGAGAUCUUGGAUGGCAAGUACGUUCGUCGUGAGCGUGACCACAACCAGAUCAUUGGAUAUGAUGAUAUGAACCAGCUUUUCUGGUACCCAGAGGGAAUCGAGCGCAUUGUGCUGGAGGACAAGACCCGACUCGUUGACAUUCCCACCGCGGAGCGAUGGGCGAAGCUCAAGGAAGUUAACUGGAAGAAGGUAUUCUUCAAAACAUACAAGGAAACGCGUUCCUGGUUUCAUCUGGUCACAAACUUCAACCGUAUCUGGGUUAUUCACUUGGGUGCUUUCUGGUUUUUCACUGCAUACAACUCUCCUACCAUCUACACCAAGAACUACAGGCAACAGCUCAACAACAAACCACCCGGGUCUCAUUAUUGGUCUGCUGUUGGUUUUGGCGGAGCCCUGGUUUCGUUCAUCCAGAUCAUGGCGACAAUCUUCGAAUGGAUGUAUGUUCCUCGACGUUGGGCUGGUGCUCAGCAUCUUACCAAACGCCUGCUCUUCCUCCUCGUGGUUUUCGUCAUUAAUCUUGCUCCCGGUGUCUUUGUCUUUGGGUUUUCAUCGAAAGUCGAUAACAAGAUUGCUCUUGCUGUCGGUAUUGUCCACUUCUUCAUCGCGCUUGCCACGUUUUUCUUCUUCUCCAUCAUGCCCCUUGGCGGCUUGUUCGGUAGUUAUCUGAAGAAACACGGCCGCCAGUACGUUGCGAGUCAGACAUUCACCGCUAGCUUCCCGAGAUUAAAAGGAAAUGACAUGUGGAUGUCAUAUGGUCUCUGGGUCUGUGUCUUCGGUGCGAAAUUGGCCGAGUCUUACUUUUUCUUGACUCUGUCCAUCAAAGAUCCCAUUCGCUACCUAUCGCCAUACCAUGUUCACAACUGCGCUGGUGUUUCCUAUCUUACGGACAAGAUUUGCUACUACCAGCCUCAGAUUCUUCUUGGACUCAUGUUCUUCAUGGACCUGACGCUGUUUUUCCUCGACAGUUAUCUCUGGUACAUCAUCUGCAACACCAUUUUCUCGGUUGCUAGGUCGUUCUACCUCGGUGUCUCUAUCUGGUCUCCGUGGAGAAACAUUUUCUCCCGCCUCCCGAAGCGUAUCUACUCGAAGGUCCUUGCUACCACGGACAUGGAAAUCAAGUACAAGCCAAAAGUCUUGAUCUCUCAGGUCUGGAAUGCUAUCAUUAUCUCAAUGUACAGGGAGCAUCUUCUUGCCAUCGACCAUGUCCAGAAACUACUCUACCACCAAGUUCCCUCCGAGCAAGAAGGCAAGCGAACUCUUCGAGCACCUACUUUCUUCGUUUCCCAGGAAGAUCAGUCUUUCAAGACGGAGUUCUUCCCCCGCGGUAGCGAAGCGGAGCGCCGAAUCUCGUUCUUUGCACAGUCGCUGUCGACCCCGAUGCCUGAACCUCUCCCGGUUGACAACAUGCCCACCUUCACCGUCUUGAUCCCCCACUACAGUGAAAAGAUCCUUCUCUCUCUCCGUGAAAUCAUUCGUGAAGAUGAGCCUUAUUCCCGUGUCACACUCUUGGAAUACUUGAAGCAGCUUCACCCCCACGAAUGGGAUUGCUUCGUCAAGGACACAAAGAUCCUUGCCGACGAGACCUCUCAAUUCAACGGAGACUAUGAAAAGAACGAAAAGGAUGCCGCCAAGAGCAAGAUCGAUGACUUGCCAUUCUAUUGUAUUGGGUUCAAGUCAGCUGCCCCGGAGUACACGCUUCGCACCCGUAUCUGGUCCUCGCUGCGCUCUCAGACUCUGUACAGAACUGUGUCUGGAAUGAUGAACUACAGCCGUGCUAUCAAGCUGCUCUACCGCGUCGAAAACCCUGAAGUUGUUCAGAUGUUUGGUGGAAACUCUGAGAAGCUAGAGCAUGAACUGGAAAGAAUGGCGCGUCGCAAGUUCAAGAUCUGCGUCUCUAUGCAGCGUUACGCAAAAUUCACCAAGGAAGAACGUGAGAACACAGAGUUCCUGCUCCGAGCCUACCCCGAUCUUCAGAUUGCCUACCUUGACGAAGAGCCCCCAGCCAACGAGGGUGAAGAGCCGCGUCUCUACUCCGCCCUGAUUGAUGGACACUGUGAGCUGCUCGAGAACGGUAUGCGCAAGCCCAAGUUCAGGAUCCAGCUGUCCGGCAACCCUAUCCUUGGUGAUGGAAAAUCCGACAACCAAAACCACUCGAUCAUCUUUUACCGUGGAGAGUACAUUCAGGUCAUUGACGCCAAUCAAGACAACUAUCUUGAAGAGUGCUUGAAGAUCCGAAGCGUUCUUGCCGAGUUCGAGGAACUGAGCACUGAUAAUGUUUCGCCAUACACCCCUGGUAUUGCUACUUCCUCGGAAACCCCUGUCGCUAUUCUUGGUGCCCGUGAGUACAUUUUCUCCGAGAACAUCGGUGUCCUUGGUGAUGUUGCGGCCGGUAAAGAACAAACAUUCGGUACCCUGUUUGCUCGUACACUUGCUCAGAUUGGUGGAAAGCUGCACUAUGGUCACCCUGAUUUCUUGAACGGUAUCUUCAUGACAACUAGAGGUGGUAUCUCCAAAGCCCAGAAAGGUCUACACCUUAACGAGGAUAUCUACGCUGGUAUGAACGCCAUGAUUCGUGGUGGCCGCAUUAAGCACUGCGAGUACUUCCAGUGUGGUAAGGGUCGUGAUCUGGGUUUUGGCUCUAUUCUCAACUUCACUACCAAGAUCGGUACUGGUAUGGGUGAACAAAUGCUGUCAAGAGAGUACUAUUACAUGGGUACUCAAUUGCCCCUUGACCGGUUCCUGUCUUUCUACUAUGCUCACCCUGGAUUCCACGUCAACAACAUGUUUAUCAUGUUGUCUGUGCAAAUGUUCAUGAUUGUCCUGAUCAACCUGGGAGCCUUGAAGCACGAAACCAUCAACUGCGACUACGACUCGGACAAGCCCGUCACCGAUCCUCUCAUGCCGACAUUCUGUGCCCCUCUCACGCCUAUCAUCAACUGGGUCAACCGAUGCGUUAUCUCGAUUUUCAUCGUUUUCUUCAUCUCGUUCGUUCCAUUGGCUGUUCAAGAGUUGACCGAGAGGGGACUGUGGCGUAUGGCAACGCGUCUGGCCAAGCACUUUGGAUCUUUUUCCUUCAUGUUCGAGGUGUUUGUCUGUCAAAUCUAUUCUAACGCCGUCCACCAAAACUUGUCUUUUGGCGGUGCUCGCUAUAUCGCUACCGGUCGUGGUUUCGCCACUGCUCGUAUCCCAUUCGGAAUUCUGUACUCUCGGUUUGCGGGGCCUUCAAUUUACACAGGUUUCCGUUUGCUGAUCAUGCUGCUUUUCUCGACUUCCACCACCUGGACUGCUUCUCUCAUUUGGUUCUGGGUUUCUCUUCUCGCCCUCUGCAUCUCCCCGUUCCUUUUCAACCCUCACCAGUUUGCCUGGAACGACUUCUUCAUUGAUUACCGCGACUACAUUCGAUGGCUAUCACGUGGUAACUCCCGCUCUCACGCAUCGUCGUGGAUUGGCUUCUGCCGUCUGUCCCGUACACGCAUUACUGGUUACAAGCGCAAGCUGCUCGGUGUCCCUUCGGAGAAGGGUUCAGGCGAUGUCCCUAGGGCCCGCAUCACCAACAUUUUCUUCAGCGAGAUCGUGGCUCCUCUGGUCCUUGUUGGUGUCACCAUCGUUCCAUACUUCUACAUCAACUCUCGGACUGGUGUCACGUCUGAUAACGGGGAGGUUAAACCUUACAAUGCAGUGUUGCGUAUUGCGAUCGUAGCAUUUGGACCGAUCGGUAUCAAUGCUGGUGUCGCUGGUGUUUUCUUCGGCAUGGCAUGCUGCAUGGGCCCUCUUCUGAGCAUGUGCUGCAAGAAAUUCGGUUCCGUGCUGGCGGCUAUCGCUCACGCGAUUGCCGUUAUUAUCUUGCUUGUCAUUUUCGAGGUUAUGUUCUUCCUUGAGAACUGGUCCUGGCCCCGGUGCGUCCUGGGAAUGAUCGCCAUGGCUGCUAUCCAACGCUUCAUCUACAAGCUUAUCAUUGCGCUUGCCCUGACUCGAGAAUUCAAGCAUGAUCAGUCAAACAUUGCAUGGUGGACUGGAAAAUGGUAUAACAUGGGUUGGCACUCACUGUCUCAACCUGGUCGAGAGUUCCUCUGCAAGAUCACGGAGUUGGGCUACUUCUCCGCAGACUUCGUCAUUGGUCACCUCAUCUUGUUCAUCAUGUUGCCAGCGCUUUGUGUUCCUUACAUUGACAAGUUCCACUCUGUCAUUCUCUUCUGGCUGCGCCCGAGUCGUCAAAUCCGCCCUCCUAUUUACUCGCUCAAGCAGUCGAAGCUUCGCAAGAGACGCGUUGUCCGAUUCGCCAUACUGUACUUUGCCAUGCUGAUUCUGUUCCUCGUUCUCGUGAUCGCUCCUCUUAUUGUCAGGAACAUGGACAUGAAUAUCGAUCUUGGAACAGGUAUUCUUUCAGAACUCUUGCAGCCCAUCGACAAAGACAACAACGACACCAUCACCAGCUAUACCGGCUCUGGUCUCCCGCAAGGCUUCAAACCGGUUGCGUCUCCGUCGGCAUACCUCAAGAAUUACGAGGGUAACUAG